CUCGGCCACCACCGCCGCUCCCAACCGCCGCCGCCGGCCGACGAGGAGAGGCCAGGAUGUUCUUCCACAUCGUCCUGGAGCGGAACAUGCAGCUGCACCCGCGCCACUUCGGCCCGCACCUCCGCGACAAGCUGGUCGCCAAGCUCAUGAAGGACGUCGAGGGCACCUGCAGCGGGCGGCACGGGUUCGUGGUGGCGAUCACGGGGGUGGAGGAGGUCGGGAAGGGGCUCAUCCGGGAGGGCACGGGCUUCGUCACCUUCCCCGUCAAGUACCAGUGCGUCGUCUUCCGGCCCUUCAAGGGCGAGAUCCUCGAGGCUGUCGUCACCAUGGUCAACAAGAUGGGGUUCUUCGCAGAGGCUGGGCCUGUUCAGAUCUUCGUGUAAAAUCAUGUGAGUGGCUUCUGUGCUUU